GUGCCAUCGAGAAUGCAUCGAAUAAGGUCUCCUCACGUUCGACGAUGCCUGCAUUCCGGUCUGCUGAGGUGCUGCUUCGGAUAUUGUGCGAAACACUACAGCUGCGCCAAUACUUAUCCGCCUCAUGGCACGCUAGCCCCAGAAUGGUAGCUGUCUUUCAGACGUGAAGAACUCCGGCGAUUCCUCCUGCUGAACGGUGGUGGUUCCAUAUGCCAAUAGCAGAUUGGCAGGCGAUAGACGAUUCUGGCGGUCGUUUUGCCCUCAGGCCAAUCAUCUUCAACACAUGGCGGGGAUCUCAUCGCGAUCAUCAAAGCGACAGCAUGGUUCAAGUUAGAAGCCUGCCACAGCUGUCUGCUGAUAAAAGCGGCAUGCUUCGUUGAGCAACUCGCGUUGCGAAACCCCCAUCUUGCCUACCCGUCUGUCCGUCUCUUGUCUGCGCGACGAUUGCAAUAUGUCUACAUCUGUGGAGAGCGUCGCUAAUAACUUUUUUGACUACAUCAUCUGCGGUGGAGGAACGGCUGGAUUAACGCUUGCAGCAAGGCUAAGCGAAGAGCCACAAACUUCCGUACUCGUUCUCGAAGCAGGAGGAGAGAAUCUCAAUGAUGCCACGAUAUUGCGUCCCGCUGGCUGGGGAAGCCACUUUUCCAACAAUGAAUAUGCAUGGACAUACCAAACAACGAAACAGAAGCAUGUCGGCGAUGCUGAGCAGCUCUGGUUCAGGGGAAAAGGACUUGGUGGUAGCUCCGCGAUCAAUUUCAUGUGCUGGACGAAGCCGCCUGCCGAAGAGAUCAACGACUUCGAGAAGCUCGGCAGCCCUGGUUGGAAUUGGGGUAACUAUGAGAAAUACCUCAGUAAGACGGAAGGGUUCGUUCCGCCUAGCGCCGAUGUGCAAAAGCGCAAUCGCAUGUGUUUCGAUGCAUGGAGAAUCGGUACGCAAGGUCCAUUGAAGGUCUCAUACCCCGGAACGAUCGAUGAAGCCGAGCUACAUUUCCAACAGACGUUGAUCAAUGCUGGUCUUCCGAUUGCUCCUCAUCCGGUAAGUGGCGACCCCAAGGGUGUAUUUUUUGCUCCCAACACAUAUGAUCCCUCUACACAUACCCGGUCAUAUGCCACAACCGCUUUCUACCUUCCCAACAAAGAUCGGGCAAACCUCACCGUUCUUACUUCUGCCUCUGUCAACCGAAUGCACACAGAUACCACCAUGAACGGCAAGUUGAGCGCUAUGGGCGUCGAGUUCCUACACGGCGACAAGACAUACAUUGUCAAUGCGAAGAAGGAAGUCAUUCUAUCUGCGGGGGCGUUGAAGUCGCCGCACAUCCUGGAGCUUUCCGGUAUCGGCAGAAAGGAUGUCCUUGAGAAGAUUAAUGUGCCGGCCAGGAUUGAACUUCCCGGCGUCGGACAGAAUGCACAAGAACACGUAUUUGUCGGAAUUAGCUUCGAGUUGCGCGAUGACUGCGAUUUCGAGACCGUUGACUUGCUGCGCGACCCUACGCAAGCUGCGAAACACCUGGAACUCCAUGCCACCGGAUCGGGGAUACACACGAAAGGUAUCGUCGGAUUCGGAUUUGUCCCUCUCAAUAUGCUGUCGGCGAAGGCAGAAGAGAUUUACCAAGCUGCCAAGGAGAAGAUUGCGCGAAAUGCACAUACAUACCCGCCGGGGCUGCUGGAGCAAUACGAGAUCCAACUUGAGCGCCUUAGGAACGGUGCCCCAGGUUGCGAGCUUAUCAGUUUUCCUGGAUACCUCUCUUCUCCUAACCCGCCCGCAGAAGGCAAGCGGUAUCUCACCGUAAUCGUUGCUAUGAAUCACUGUUUCUCGAGGGGUACCAUUCAUGCCAUCUCUUCUGACCCUCGGAAGGACCCUGAGUUUGAUCCUCACUAUAUGGAGGAGGAAGUCGACUUGGACAUAUGGUGCGAAGCGGUCAGGUUCGCGAGAGGGCUGGCCGAGAUUGCUCCAUUCAAGGAUAUGAUCGUUUCGGAGCUCAACCCCGGUCCCAAAGUGGAUGAUGAUGCUCAGCUCCGGGAGUGGAUCAAGAAGAACUUUGUGACAACUUGGCAUACGGCCGGGUCUUGCUCCAUGCUUCCGCUCUCAAGCGGGGGUGUUGUCGAUCCCGAGUUGAAGGUAUAUGGUACGAAUAAUAUCCGCGUUGUCGAUCUUUCCGUAGUACCGUUGCAGUUCGCCGCGCAUCCCCAAGCGACUGUUUACGCCAUUGCUGAACAAGCCGCGGACAUUAUCAAAGGCAAGUUCCAAGAGACACCGACCGCGUAACCUCAACUCACAUAUUCGUCGAUCUUGUUAUACGUUGAGAUAUCUGGCUGUGUAUUUUCCAUGCUAUGUAGCCUCGUUACCAGUAGAAUCCCUCUGCGACACCAUCGUUCUCUCAAUAUAUGUGACAUACCAUACUACUGU